AUGGACCGCAGAAAAAUGGAGCGCUUCUCUUGCAGUGUGAUUCUGAUCAUGGCCAUUUCCAAAGCGUUUGAACUGGAAUUGGUUGCUGGCUUGGGUCACCGUGAACUUGCCAGGAGAGAGCCUCCCUUAAGAGAUGACAGCGUUCGGUCCCGGGAGGAGCCUGCAGUCCGUCACCGGUCUUCCCAGUUUGUGCCGUCGUUAGGAAUCCAGGAUAGUAAGGAGUUAAACAGAACUUGCUGCCUGAAUGGGGGAACCUGCAUGCUGGGGUCCUUCUGUGCCUGCCCCCCCUCGUUCUAUGGCCGCAACUGUGAGCAUGAUUCCCGCAAAGAGAACUGUGAGUCCGUGCCCCAUGACACCUGGCUGCCCAAGGGAUGUUCCAUUUGUAAAUGCUGGCGCGGCCAGCUUCACUGCUUUCGGCAGACGUUCCUACCGGGCUGUGAUGGCCACGUGAUGGAUGAGCACUUCCUGGUCUCCAGGACUCCAGAAUUAACACUGUCUUCGGGCACCAUUUUUUCGCUAGCUGGCGUCUGCCUUGCUCUACAAAGUUACUGUUAA